AUGGACCUUUUUUUCUCUCUCAUCAUGGAUACUUUGACCUGGUCAGCUCAGCUGGCUGUUGCGCCUCCGCAACAAACUCCUCGUCUUCCCGGGGACAAAAUAAUCCUUCCGCAGUCCGCGCUAGAACAACUCUUAGCGGCUGCCCCUCUUCAAGCUGUCGCGCCGGACUCGCGUGUUCACACCACAUCCUUCGAUCCUUUCAACCCUCACACCUUCGCCGCUGAGACUCGCGCACGCCAACAGAUAGAGCAACGUCAGCAGCAGCUUCCUCAUCCCCUCACGUUCCGCAUCGAAAACCCCGAGAAUGGUCGCUUCGUCUAUGCGGGGAUCCGCGAGUUCUCCGCAGCGGAGAAUGAAGUUGCGCUGAGCACUCUCCUUCGGGACUCGCUUGGAAUCCAAGAUGACGAUUUUACAUUGGAAACAAACGGCGAGAAGCACGAUCUGGAGGGAGACGGUCCUGAAGGGCAAUCGUCACGGACUGGGCCUGCGGUCACAGUACAUGCGAAGCAGCUUCCCAAAGGCACGUAUGUGCGCCUUCGUCCACUCGAGGCUGGCUACGACCCCGAGGACUGGAAACCCUUGCUAGAGCGCCAUAUGCGAGACAACUUUACCACCUUGACGGUCGGCGAGCUUCUGACGGUUCCUGGCACCCGCAAGGAAUCCUUCCGGUUUCUACUUGACAAAGUUUAUCCUGAAGGCGAGGGGAUUUGCGUCGUGGAUACGGACUUGGAAGUCGAUAUUGUAGCGCUAUCGGAGGAGCAAGCGCGAGAGACGUUGCAGAAAAGGCUGGAGCGAGCAGCGCGUGCACCGGGAACUACAAGUGGCAGCUCCGUUGGUGGGGUUUUGGCCCUCGGAGAAGAUGUUACAGCCCAGGUCUUGCCCGGGGAGUAUGUCGACUAUGAGAUUCGAGACUGGAAUCGGGACGGUACCCUUCAGGUCGAGCUUACAACAGAUGAUCCAUCCAUGUGUCUAUUCGCGAGCCCGCUUAGCGCUCGCCAAAGAGGUCGUCCUCGAGAGGACGUGCAUGUCUGGGGAGACUUUUCGGAUCAGACGUCCAAGAGAGUAAAGAUUCGUCCUACAAAUGUGGCUCUCGAGGGCGCCGAGGCUCUCUAUAUCUCGGCUUAUGCUUUGGCCUCUAGCACUGAGUCGGCAUCACAGCAGCUACCAGCGAAAUAUCAUUUACGAGUAACUACAAAUAACUCUGAAGAGGAACAAGAUGAUGCGGUAGAGGCUCAUCAACCCGGCGACGUCAUGUGCCAGAAUUGUCACCAAUGGGUACCUGAGCGAACAUUAAUGCUUCACGAGAACUUUUGUCUCCGCAAUAACGUGCUUUGCACUCAAUGUCAGAACGUUUUCCAGAAAAGGUCAUCUGAGUCGGAGAACCAUUGGCAUUGUCCUCACGACUCAUCUCAUGGCAACGAUGCAUCCAGUAAACUCAGUCACGAUUCGAUAUUUCACAGCAACUACGACUGCACUGAUUGCGGUCUUCAAUUCGAGGGUCUCCCCUCCCUUGCACAGCAUCGAACUACCGAGUGCCCAGGGAAGUUGAUUCUCUGUCAAUUCUGCCAUCUUCUCGUCCCACAGAAAGGCGAAUCUGACCCAGACUUCCUUGACCCCGAGGUCAUGCUCUCCGGUCUCACGCCGCACGAAUUGGUAGACGGCGGCCGUACGACCGAGUGUCAUCUGUGUGGAAAGAUCAUCCGACUGCGAGAUAUGAACACCCAUCUCCGCCAUCAUGAUCUGGAGCGCGUCUCACGCCCGCCUCCCCGAAUAUGCUUGAAUCAGAACUGUGGCCGCACGCUCGGCAGCACAGGUAACGACUCUUUGGGGCUGUGCAACAUCUGUUUCGGACCGUUGUAUGUGGAUACAUACGACCCUGAGGGCAAAGCACUCCGCCGCCGGAUCGAACGUCGAUAUCUUUCACAAAUGAUGACUGGAUGUGGAAAGCCUUGGUGUCAGAACAAGUAUUGCAAAACAGGAAAACAGAAGGCGCAUCCCGAUGCUACCACUUCCGCGGCCAUGAGUGUGGCCGAUAUCAUGAAACUGACCCGGCCGCUUGCUGAGAGUAUCAAUGUUCAGCCCGAGGUUCCAAACACUGCACCUUUCUAUUUCUGCACUGAUGAAACGGGCCAGCACCGCCGCAACCUCGCCGAAAUGAUCUUCGCUGAAGGGUCUACGGCUGGAGGCAAGGUCUAUGAACUGGCAUGGUGUGUCGCAGGCGCUGAAGCAGCCGGAGGCGAUUUAGACAAGACGAGAGAAUGGCUCUCUCGGUGGGCACCGGCGCAGGGCGAGACGGCUCGAUGA